CACACUUUGCAAACAGACACUUUUAACAAAUUGAGCCUGAUUCAAUCAGAAUAUUUGCCUGACAGAAGCAGGAGUUGGUAAUGCCAGAUGGAGAGCCAGGAAGAAACCACGACAGGAAAUGGCGAGGAGUGCCAGAUACAGAAUGGGGAAAGUGAAGAGCAGCAGGAGGAGGGAGGGGAGACGGAUGAAGAUAUGGUGGUCGAUGGAGGCAUGGAGGAUUGGAACGGGUUUAUUUCAGGGGGGGCCGCACUGGGUGAAGCAGAGGAAGGGGAGGUGGUGGAUGAAUGGACACCAGGUGAACCAGUAACCCCGCAACAUGUCUUAUGGCUGAACAGUUACACUAAGGAGUACCUGUGUUCUCCAGAGGACAACAUCUACAACGUGAACUUCUCCCGCUUCAAGAUCAGGGACCUGAGCAGUGGAGCAGUCAUCCUGGACAUCAAGAAACACCGUCCAACAGAAAUUCAAGAUGUCAUUGAACUUGAUACAAGCAGAUUCAUCAGGUACUACUUCUCCCCUGCCUUCCUGACCCUCAGGGAGAUAGGAGCCACGUUGGAGUUCACAGUGGGCAGCAGGGCUCUGAACCGCUUCCGUCUGAUCGAGAGACACUUCUUCAGAAACCUCCUGCUCAAGACCUUUGACUUUGAGAUCGGCUUCUGCAUCCCACACAGCAGGAACACCUGUGAGCACAUCUACUGCUUACCUGACCUGGAUCCAGACACAGUGGAGGAGAUGAUCGCCAACCCGUUUGAGACACGCUCGGAUAGUUUUUACUUUGUCAACAACAAGCUGAUCAUGCAUCACAAAGCCGAGUACUCCUUCAGCCCACAAACAGAGACGGACACGUCCAGCGAGUAGAGACACAGGUCUUAGUACUGACUCACGCUGUACCUGCUCUGUACAAGGGUUUGACCGGACACAAAGAAAAUCUCCACCCAGUUUCUGCUGAGGGACAAACCAUGAACAAGAGAAACAUGAAUACUGUUACUGACACUCUCAUCCAGCUUACUUAGACCUUAUGAUUAAUGUGUGUAGUUAAUAAAUCAUAUGUACAGUUACUUGUUGUGUCCAUUGCAACGACAUUUCUUUGCCUUUCUGUCAAUGAAAUUCAGCGACUAUGUCCUUCACACCCAAAGACAUAUGGAAAUCUUUUCAGUGAUGUCACCCAGUUUAGGCCACGCCCCUCUAUGAAAACAUGUAAAAACAGAAACCAGCCCUCGUCAUUCUCCUGACCACCACAGAUAUACAGAUUCAGCUUUUUAACAUCGUCACCCAUAAUUCAAAGGCCCACCGUGGCAGAUGUUAUGAUGUUGGAUUUCAGUGUAUUUUGUGAAGUGAGCAUAUUGAAGCUAAAGUGUUGAGUUGCUCUGUAGAUGUUUUACACAGAAUGUUUUUAUAUAAAUGCAAACACAUUAGAGUUUAGAUACAGUACAUACACAAUGACAGUACAUUACUGACCUAACAGUGUAAUAUAAGCUAAUAUAAGCUGAACUAAAGACACUGAGUCUGACUCAAUGCAGAUGAUGUGUGACACAUUGUGCACAAAUGUUUGUUUGAUGUUGAAUCUGAAUCUCAGAAUUUAGUUUUGUACAUGUAAUAAUGUUACUGCUGAAAAGGAAGCAGAAGAUUCUGAUCAUGUAUUUUGCUUUUAUUGUCAUGGUUAUCAUCCCAUUAAAAGCGUCUACUGUCACAGAGAGAUGAAGUCCUGAUGUAAAAUGAACAAACUCAUUA